AGCCCCUGGUCCGGGCGCAGCCGCACUCUGCGCAUCACCAUGGCAGCCUGGACCACGCUGCUGCUCCUCUCCAUCGCCGUCCUCGGGGCGCAGGCGGCCUCCGUCUCCAAGACCAAGUGCCCGGUCGUGCCCGGCAAGUCGCCCUUUGACCUCAACAAGUUCCGAGGCGACUGGCUGCUGGUGGCGGGCUCCCCAGACUCGCUGGCGGCGCGAGGCAAGUGCGGCAAGUACAGCGCGAGCGCCGGCCCCGGGCAGGACGGGCUGAGCCUGAGGUUCGCCGGCCAGGGCACCGGGACGGGCAAGGCGGCGGUGCCGCUCGCCGUGGACGUCAUCUCGCAGGCCGUCGCCGGGGACAAGGUGGCCCUGUCGCACGCCGUGUACCGCAAGCAGGGAGACUCGGACUACGAAGGUGUUUUCAAGCAGAGCAUCGUCGCAACAGACUACGACAACUACGCGGUGGUGGUGUCUUGCAGGCAGAUGUACGUCGCCAGCACCAAGAGCUUCGGGCGCAACCUGUACGCCGAGAUCUGGGCACGCAACAAAGUGACGCUCUCCCCGGAAACGAUCGGCGUCCUCAAGAACAUCCUCUCCAGCUACGACCUAGACGCGAGCGAGAUCAAAAACGUCGACAGGGCCAAGUGCUAGAUCACGCGCGCCUCGUUACGAAAAGUCCUAAUUCACGGUGUUUAAUAAAAUGUUCAUUUUCCUCA